ACCUAGGCUGCUUUAAGCCCUCGAUAGAUUGAGCGCACCGACCAGGCGACCACCGAUACGUUCCCGAAUCCAACUCGUCCUCCUCUGCUCCGGCCUCUCGCCGCCGCCGCCGCCGCCGCCGCCGGUCGUCACUCGCAAGGUCCGGAGGAGAGGAUUCGGGAGGGAGCGAUGGCUUCUUCCGGUGGGCAGCCGCAGUUCCGGUACGCGCAGCCGCCGUCCAAGGUGAUCCACGUGCGGAACCUGCCGUGGGAUUGCACCCCUGAGGAGCUGGUCGAGCUGGGGACCCCCUUCGGCAAGGUCGUCAACACCAAGUGCAACGUCGGCGCCAACCGCAACCAGGCAUUCAUCGAAUUCGCUGACCAAAAUCAGGCGAUUGCCAUGGUAUCAUAUUAUGCAUCGUCAGCAGAGCCAGCGCAGGUAAGAGGGAAAAAUGUGUACCUUCAGUACUCCAAUAGACAGGAGAUUGUCAACAGCAAGAGUAGUGGGGAAGCUGCAGGCAACGUUUUGCUAGUGGGGAUGGAGGGUGUUGCACCAGAUUCUGUCAGCAUUGAUGUUCUACACUUGGUAUUUUCUGCUUUUGGAUUUGUUCACAAGAUCGCUACCUUUGAGAAGGCAUCUGGUUAUCAGGCAUUGAUUCAGUUUUCUGAUGCUGAAACCGCAACAUCCGCAAAAGCUAAUCUGGAUGGUAGAUGCAUUCCUAGCUAUUUGCUUCCGGAAUUGGAUGGGGCCUGCACUUUAAGAAUAAGCUAUUCAGCACACAGUAUUCUAAAUGUCAAGUAUCAGAGUCACAGGAGUAGGGACUACACUAACCCUUACCUUCCUUUUCUGGAUUCUGGUAUAGAUGGCUCUGGACCGGAUGGUAAAAAGCAGGAAGCAGAGAGCAAUAUUCUGCUUGCAUCCAUUGAGAACAUGCAGUAUGUCGUUACAAUAGAUGUGCUUCACGAGGUAUUUUCUGCUUUUGGAUUUGUACAGAAAAUUGCUAUUUUUGAGAAGAAUGGCUUUCAAGCAUUGAUCCAGUAUCCAGACAUUCAAACUGCGGUUGCAGCAAAGGCAGCAUUGGAAGGGCACAGCAUAUAUGAAGGUGGAUAUUGCAAGCUUCACCUCACAUUUUCACGCCAUACUGAGCUUAAUGUUAAGAUUAACAACGAGCGAGGUAGAGAUUAUACCAGAGGGAACAUCACUCCAAGCACUGAUCAACCUUCCAUUCUUGGUCCUCAGCCGAUACCAAAUGUUGGUGCUGUCAUACCACCACCACUCAGCGAUGCUCCUUCCGCAGCCACCAACGCAGUAAUGCCACCAGGGGUGCCUAUUUCAGCAACACCUGGAGAACCAUCAGUUACUCCACCUUCUCACCCUUCCAGUGUGCCACAGUCGCAAACUGCUGUUGUUCCAUCGGGUGGACCUCCACGGUACCCUAGCCAGGCAAUCCAACAAGGCCCUCCUGGUGUUCCUCUACAGUUCCCGGGCUAUGGAGUCCCACAGUUUACUCAGGGUUCAGCUCAAGCUCCAAUGGUCCAACCUUCAGGCCAAGGAAGUCAACAGAUGUCUCGCCAUGUAAACUAUCAGCUACCUCCAGCUUCACCUCAAUUCAUGUAUCUUGGCAAUGGAAGCCAUCCGGCUCCAAACACACAUGGGCCACAGGCAAUGUCGUUCCCUGGCCUUGGAGGUCAGCAGCUACCGCCAGGUCCUCAGAUGAUGCAAGCUCCAGGUUACGGAAGCCUGCCGUUUCCACAAGGUCAGGGGCAAGGGAUGCCACAGUUCCCGAUGUUCGGCAACCAGCAGUUUCCUCCGGGUAUUGAGCCCCAGAUGAUGCCUUUUUCUGAGCAGGGAGGGCAGCAGCUUCCAUUUGCUCCACGGGUUCAUCCGUAUAAUCGUUAGCUACUUUGUCUUUGCAAUGUCAGAUCAUAGAUGGAUGGAUGUCAAUCCUUCUCUGUUGCCAUUUUUGUGAGGCGAAUACCGAUACUGUUCUGAGUUGACAGUGUACUUGUUGGUAAAUGUUUCGUAAUAUGGCGAAAACAAGUGUCCAAUCUGGAAUUAUUGUGGUAAAUGUUUUGUGAUGGGCAUUGUAUCAAUCUUUCCUCGCUGCAGAAAUUCUCAA